UGACCCAAAAAGAAGAAAAAAAAGAGAGAGAAGAAAAGCUUCUUUUUUCUCUUUUUAUUUUUCCCUUCUGUUGAUUUGACCAGAUGUGAAACGCAAGCUUCUCUUCCGUAAGAAUCUAAUUGGUUAAUGAGUUAUCGUCAUACGCAUUCUGCAAUGAUGGUGUUUUUCUGUUAAGGAAUCGGGUCAAUAAUUAAACCCGUUAACCCAUAAUCAUAUCCCCAACUAUCUCCCGCUUUCUCUCAGUCCUUUUCCUCUCAAAUCACAUCGCUCGUAUUAACCUUAAUAAUCCGCCAUGAGCGAACCUCGAAAACACCAGGUAUCAUUGCGAGGCGCAAGUGCGAAGGAGAUUUCGAGGGAUGUGCUUUUGGAAAAAGUUUCGCAAGAGAGAGCGUUGAGGAAUUUUACUCGGCGAGCCACUUCUGCCGCGCGCUUAAUUCAGAGAGCUUGGCAGCGUUAUAAAGUUAAAAAAUCUGUAGCCCUAGAGCUUCAGCAGCAGUGGGAAUCAAUGAUAAAUAGUCAUCUUGCUCCUCUAAAGAAAUCGUAUAUAUCCAGCCAAGUCCUGAGGCCUUUUAUUUUCUUUACUACAUUCUUGUUGGCACGGUAUAGAAGAAUUCAAGACAGAGAAAAAGAUUGCAUCAGGAGUUGCUUUAGAGUUAUCUUGGAGAGCAUAAACUCAACCGAUCCUCAUGGAAACUUUUGCUCAAUGGCUAUUGGAACCGUGGAAGAGAGAAAAGUUUGGAAUUAUCAAGCAAAGAAGUUGAUUACCAUGUGCUUGUUUAUUUUAACAGAAUAUGAUAUGUCCUGUCACAAGAAUAACGAUGUUUUACUUACAUCGUUAGCAAUGCGGUUGGCAGUAAUUCUGACCGAUGUGAAAGGUUGGAGGUGCAUCAGCGAUAACAAUAUACAGGGUGCAUUAGUGGCAGUUAGGGAUUUAGUUCAGUUCAUGGGAAGUAUUAGAAGUGGACUAUACAAUUCUGUAAGGAGGUACCUUUGUAAACUUGAAGCUCCUUGUUCCUUUCAGGCGGCAGAUGAACGGUUAUUGAUAACUGCAAGUGCAAUUACUUUAGCACUACGACCAUUUCAUGUUGCGAACUUAGUUGUGGAUAAAAAUGUCUUACUAGAAAUGCAGAGUGCUGCUGAGCAAUACUGUGCUUAUCUACUUACAAUACCUUGGAUUGCUCAACGGUUACCAAUGGUGUUGAUUCCGCCUUUGAAACACAAGUCUGUGUUAACACCUUGCUUGAGGAUUCUAUUGAUGUCAAAAGAGCAAAUUCUAAAGCAUAUGUCAGAUGUUGAUCAGAUGACGAGUUCUUCUCAUAACAGGGUGAUGCCACCAGUUGGUUGGGCUCUUGCAAAUUUUAUAUACCUUUCUACAGCCAGCGAAAGCAAUAUCUCAGAUUCUGGAAAGUUAGUGUCUGGUUUAGACCGUCAAUCCUAUGUCCAUGUUGUGAUUACUCUGGCAGAGAAAUUAUUGGCUCAGAUUGAAAGGGCUGGAUGGGUGAGAAAGGAGGAUCAAGAAGUUCAAGGUGACGGAAAUUUUGUUGAAGCCGAGACAACUUUUGAAUCCUUGAAGACAUCAUACAUGGACCUUUUUAAGCCUGUUUGUCUGCAGAGACAUCUGAUGGAACUUUUAGUGUUAGAAAAAGAUGGUCUUGUUCAGAGAGCUGAAAGUCUACCAUCAUGUGGAGCAGAAUCUUCUGGGAGCUGUGAAUUGCUUGAUGUUUCUUACUACUAUUCAUGCAUGCUCAGAAUAUUUUCUGUUUUGAAUCCAGUGCUAGGGGCAAUGCCAGUUCUCAACAUGCUAUCUUUUACUCCUGGUUUUCUUUCUAACCUGUGGGGAACUCUCGAAGAAUCAUUUUUUCCAGGAAAGAAUCUUGUCGGUAAGGGCAAAUAUUUGGAUCAAAGUACAGUUUCUGAAAACAAGAUUCUUGAAGUUUCCCAGGGAAAGCAAAAACAUUCUUCUAAAGAUGCAGGCAGCAAAUGGGCUAGUGUAUUUCAAAAGAUAACCGGGAAAUCACAAACUGAGUUCAAAAGUGUGGAUCCGCUUGAUGGAAAAUCUAAUACAGUGCACAUUGACGAUCUCUCUGAUAUAUGGGACAUUGAACUGCUAAGGCAGGGUCCUGAUGGCAUAUCAAAAGAUAUGUCUUGUCUGCUACAUCUGUUUUGCGCUAGCUAUUCACACAUGUUGUUAGUUCUUGAUGACCUAGAGUUUUAUGAGAAACAGGUUCCUUUUACACUGGAACGGCAGCAGAAAAUUGUGUCGGUGCUGAACACAUUGGUUUACAAUACAAUGUCCCACGGUAUUGGUCCAAAAAGUAGACUUUUGACAGAUUCUGCUAUUAAAUGCCUUCAUUUAUUAUAUGAAAGGGAUUGCAGGCACCAAUUUUGCCCUCCUACUUUGUGGCUUUCUCCGGGUAGAAAUAAUCGGCCGCCCAUUGCUGUAGCUGCUAGGACUCAUGAAGUUUUAUCAGCUACUUCAAAUGUUGAUGAUGCCUCAACCUCUUUGAGCAUGGGCUCCAUCAUUACUGUUAUCCCACACAUCUUUCCAUUUGAAGAAAGGGUUGAGAUGUUCAGAGAAUUCAUCAACAUGGAUAAAGUAUCAAGAAAAAUGGCUGGUGAAGUUGUUGGACCUGGAGCACGUUCUGCAGAGAUUGUAAUUCGUCGUGGUCAUAUUGUUGAAGAUGGAUUUCAGCAGCUAAAUAACUUAGGAUCAAGGCUAAAGUCCAGCAUUCACGUCUCUUUCGUGAAUGAGUCUGGUCUUCCAGAGGCCGGCCUGGACUAUGGUGGGUUGUCCAAGGAAUUUUUGACAGAAAUAGCCAAAGCAGCUUUCUCACCUGAGUACGGGCUGUUCACACAGACCACAACCUCAGAUAGACAUCUUAUUCCUAAUACAGCUGCAAGAUUUGUGGACAAUGGAAUUCAGAUGAUCGAGUUUCUUGGGAGAAUUGUAGGCAAAGCACUUUAUGAAGGAAUAUUGCUAGAUUAUUCCUUUUCUCAUGUUUUUGUGCAAAAGCUGUUGGGCCGCUAUAGCUUUAUUGAUGAAUUAUCUACACUUGAUCCUGAGCUAUACAGGAAUCUGAUGUAUGUUAAGCACUAUGAUGGUGAUAUCAAGGACCUCGCAUUGGAUUUUACAGUUACUGAAGAAUCAUUAGGGAAACACCUUGUCAUUGAGCUUAAACCUGGUGGGAAGGAUAUUUCUGUAACAAAAGAGAACAUGCUGCAAUAUGUUCAUGCAAUGGCAGAUUUUAAACUUAAUCGGCAGAUACUUCCUUUCUCAAAUGCAUUUUAUAGAGGAUUGUCGGACCUUAUAUCGCCUUCCUGGUUAAAGUUGUUUAAUGCAAGUGAAUUUAAUCAGUUGCUUUCAGGAGGAAACCAUGAUAUUGACAUUGAUGAUUUAAGGAAAAACACACGCUAUACUGGAGGUUACUCAGAAGGGAGUCGGACAGUUAAACUCUUUUGGGAGGUAUUUUCGAAUUUUGAACCAAGAGAACGGUGUUUGCUGCUUAAGUUUGUGACAAGUUGUUCGCGAGCUCCUUUGCUUGGAUUCAAACAUCUGCAGCCAACCUUCACUAUUCACAAGGUUUCAUGUGAUUUGCCACUAUUGGCGACAUUCGGGGGACAGGAUGUUGAUCGGCUUCCUUCAGCUUCUACUUGCUACAACACUCUCAAGCUUCCGACAUACAAACGCCAGAAUACGUUGAGAGCAAAGCUUCUAUAUGCUAUCAAUUCCAAUGCUGGAUUCGAGCUUUCAUAGUUGUUGAUCAGGUUGGCCGAGUUUGAGAAAAGAAAGGAAAAGGAGAAGGGAGAAAAAGUUCCAGCACAUACCAUUCUCUACAGGUUUUGUGAUCAGAUCAAAGAGAGGCUGAUAGAUGUCGAAGACUACGAGCUUGAU